ACUUUUCCACUUAUGCCCAUGGCCCCGGAAAGAUAAGUGAGCACUCCGAAGAUGGCCGGGGUGUUUGAGGUGGAGGUUGACGGUGUAGAGCACGACCAUGGACUGGAGCACCACAACGACGCAAAUCAGUUCGAUGUGUCCAAGCUUUCACCAGAGGAGAAAUGGAGGAUGGAGCAUGCAAAAAUGCAUGCUAAACACAAAGGCCAUGAGGCCAUGCAUGCAGAGAUGGUGCUGAUCCUCAUCGUCACCCUGGUUGUUGCACAGCUCGUCCUCGUUCAGUGGAAACAGAGACAUCCAAAGUCAUACAACCUGGUGACUCUGUUCCAGAUGUGGGUAGUCCCUCUCUACUUUACUACCAAACUUCACUGGUGGAGGUUCCUGACCACCUGGUUUGUCUUCUCUGUCAUCACAGCAUACAUAUCCUUCCGGGCCACUCGCAAGCCCCUGGCCUGCACUACACCCAGGUUGGUGUACAAGUGGUUCCUCCUUCUGUACAAGAUCAGCUAUGCCAUCGGCAUUGCUGGCUAUAGCAUCGUCAUGUUUACACUUUUUGGUAUUAACCUUAUAUUCAGGAUAAAACCAGAGGAUGCAAUGGACUUUGGGGUUUCGUUACUGUUCUACGGGCUGUACUAUGGUGUUCUUGGAAGGGACUUUGCAGAGAUGUGUGCAGACUUCAUGGCUUCAACUGUUGGGUAUUACAGUGCAUCGGGGAUGCCAACCAAGCACCUCUCUGACAACAUCUGCGCUGUGUGUGGUCAGCCGAUACUGGUGGAUGUCAGUGAGGAAGGGAUUAUUGAGAACACGUACAGAUUAUCCUGCAACCAUGUUUUCCAUGAGUUCUGCAUACGAGGGUGGUGCAUCGUGGGAAAGAAGCAGAUGUGUCCGUACUGCAAAGAGAAGGUGGACCUUAAGCGGAUGUUUAGUAACCCCUGGGAAAGGCCACAUGUGAUGUAUGGACAGCUUUUAGACUGGCUUCGAUACUUGGUGGCCUGGCAACCUGUGAUCAUUGGGUUUGUCCAGGGAAUCAACUACGUGCUGGGUCUGGAGUGACCGGUGAUGGACCGGCACAGACCGACGCCUCACUGAGAAGAUAUGCACUGGCUCAAAAGACUGUGGGCCUACAUGGAACUGAAAACCACCAAUGAAAGUGUCUAUACUGUUUUGUAAAUAUUUAUAGGCACAUCUGUAUCUACAGUUAUUUGAAUUUUAUUCAUAACUCGUCAAGUCCGUCUUAAUUUUUCCGGGGUUUGCAUCAGUGUCACAUCCCAGUGAUUGGUUUGGAGUAAAGCAGUUUUGAAAACUAUUAGAAAGGUGCUGUUUUUUUUCUAAUGUAUGAGUUUUCCUCAUAUCGGAUACAUCCCACGAUUGGGUUCCAGAGUAAAAGUGUUGCCUCUGUAUCCACAAAUAUCAUCUGGAAUCAGUUUGUACUUUCUUCCUUUUUAUGUAAUUACUCACUUUUGAGCUUUGGUGAGAUAUUUGGGGUCUGAGUGACUUGUUUUGUCAUCACACAAAUGCCAUUGUCUCUCCGGAAAAGACCAAAUUCUUCCGCCCAGAGUACAAAUCCUUGUGGACUCUACUUUUGGUCAAAUAUUUCAUGUUACUGGAUUCUUUACUGAAAAAUCUGAUAAAACCUAAUCUAGUGUUUCCUUUACUGUAGUGGAAUUCCAGCACAACUUUAAAAACAAUAAAAUAUAAGGAAUAAUUAAGAUGUGCAGUUAAAAAAAAUAUUAAACUGUCAUAAAAGGUAUAAGUACAUUAAAUCUACCAGGUCUUCCUCUCAUUCACUUUUGUUGACGCUCAAUUUCUAAAGUUGCUUUGGAGUAAAAGUGUAAGCUGUAGUUCAUGUGGUUUUUUUUGUUUUUUAAUCCAUUCAAACCCAUCUGGAACAUGUGAUGAUUUUGUUCUGUUGUGGUCGGUUAAUAAACGUCACAUGGUUUUGAUCAUAAGGAAGUGUUCCAGUCAUUUCGAGCUGAACUCCAGGAAUACUGCUGACUCAAGGGAAUUCAAGAAAUAAUUUAGAAUCCAUUAUAAAACAGUUUUGGUGACCUACAAGGAACAUCCCUAGAGGAAAUCUCCAUGAAGGGGAAGUAAACAGACUAUAUAAGUGGUAGUAAUCCACAAAAAGCUACACUGUCUUCUGCAAGUGGAAUCAAAAUGAAGCUGUCAUUUACCACCAAAGCUGCUGCAGGUUGCCUGUGUCUGCUGCUUGCAAAUGGAUUUCUAGUUUCAGAGGAUGAAUCUCUGAUCAUCAUUGGGCCUGAGCAUGGCCAAAUAGAAGCGUAUCCAGACGAGCCUCUGGUUCUCCAUUGUGAUGUUUUUACAAAAACCAACAUGGAUGAGACUCUUAUCUACUGGCUUGUCAAUGGCUCUUUCCCUGAGGACACACUCAGCCAUGACAGGAUCGUUGAAUCUAAUGAGUCAAGUUCAGAGAAUGGCUUCAUCUUACACAAGAGUUUGCUGUUGAAGAACGUCACACCUGAAGAUCUCAAGUCCACUUUUAGCUGUGUUGUAACCAGUGCAGAGGAGAUGGUGCAAAAGUCCAUGACGAUCAAAUCUCAUAGAUGUAGUGGGAAUGAGAGAAAAAGAAACUAAAUAUUAAAAGCGGCUUUUAAUGCGUGUAGAAGCAAAAUAGUGAUGUAAAAAUAAAAACUGAGUUAUAGGAGAGUUAAUGUAAGAUAAGUGCGCUACAAAAUGUGUUUUUAUACUUGCAUGCUUUUCAUUGUUUAUAAAAAAAUAAAUUACAAACUACUUUUUAAAAUCAUUUAUAAUUUAGCUAUUAAAUAAAAUUGUGUAAAAAUACAGAAAACUUUCUCAUGACUAUCAAGACUUUUAUACAUUAAUUUACCUUAUUUAAAAGCAGCUUUGAUAUGAAGGCUUAACUCUUUUUGAUGUCAAGCUUUAUGGACGGUAGAAAACAAUAUUUCAAAAUUAAACUUGUCUUUUUAAAGUGACAU